AUGAGAACAAAGUCUAUUUCAAUUUGUUUUGUACUCUUUCUAGUGCCACUUUUUCUCGAAUUUCCCCAUGUAACAACGGCUGUACGCGUUGGUGGUGGUGAGCAACAGGUACCGGUGUGGGACGGGCCAGCGGUUAAGAAAGACGAGAGGACGAGUUUGGUGACGAAUGAGUUUGGCGAAAUCUCGGCUGUUAAGAUUAGUGAUAGCAAGAAUGGGUUUUAUUACCUCCAUUUUAUAACCAUGAACCCUCGGUCUCUUUUUUUGCCUACUUAUCUUCACUCGGAAAUGCUUUUCUAUGUGGACUCAGGCAAUGGAACCUUGAGUUGGAUGAAUGCGGAAAAAGGCGAUAAGCUCCAACAAUUACCAUUGCAGAGGGGAGUCAUUCACAGACUUGAAUCUGAAACUAUUUUCUACAUACAAAACGAUGCGCAGUCUACUGAUCAGUCUGAAUAUGGCUAUGGCUACACGACCCAAAUACUUCGGAUUUAUGCCAUUUUCCCCGGUUCAGAGACGGAGUUACAAGUAUGA